AUGUCAUGCAUACUGAUGCAAAAGAUCACUUCCGAUAUUCCCAAUUUUAAAAUCGCCAAAUCAGCAUUGAACAUCCCUGCAAAUGUCAGAUUAGCAGAUCCAUCCUUUGACAAACCGCGUGAUGUAGACAUGCUAAUAGGGAAUGGGCAUUUGUGGGAGAUAAUGAGCGUAGGACAGAAACGCCUGGGACAGGGUCUUCCGGUAUUGCUCAAAUCCCAGUUCGGAUGGGUUUUCGGUGGGAAAAUUCGGGCGUCGCUCAACGCGGAGUCGCAGUCGUGCAAUGUAGUCACGAAUGAUCAAUUAAAUUCACAAUUAACUCGAUUUUGGGAUAUCGAACAAAUCCCAACACUCGGUCACCUUCCAGCUCACCCGUGCGAGGAGCAUUUUAAUGAGACGGUAAAGCGAGACUCCGACGGCCGGUUUAUUGUUACGAUUCCGUUUAACUCGGACCUGGCAAAGCUCGGCGAUUCAUAUUCCAUGGCGGAGCGUAGGUUCUUCGGCUUGGAAAGAAAAUUGAACAGGACACCUGUUCUGAAAACAGAAUACGUGUCUUUUAUGAGCGAAUACCUCGCACUGGGUCAUAUGACUCAGGUAAGUCGGGACUCUCGAACGCAGGCCGGUCCUGCCUAUUACCUGCCACACCAUGCGGUGACAAAGGCAGCAAGCACAACGACCAAGAUGCGCGUUGUAUUUGACGGAUCCGCGAAAACCAGUUCCGGAUAUUCUUUAAAUGAUACUCAAGAGAUCGGUCCUGUUGUUCAGGACGAUCUAUUUUCCAUACUCAUUAGAUUCAGACAGCAUCAGAUUAUUUUGAGCGCCGACAUCGCCAAGAUGUAUCGGCAGAUUUUAGUCGCUCCCGAGCAGCGAGUUUUUCAACGGAUUCUAUGGCGCGAAGAACCUACGCUCCCAUUAGAAACGUACGAAUUGAAUACGGUUACAUACGGCACUGCGUCCGCGCCGUUUUUAGCGACCUGCGUCCUUCGGCAAAUUGGAUUGGAUCAGUCUCAUCUAGAUCCAGUAAUAAGUAAUAUCAUCAUCCACGACUUCUACGUGGAUGACUUGCUAACGGGCGCGGAAACAGUAGAACAAGCAAUAGAAAUUAAAGUAUCACUUGAGAAAAUAUUGCAAUCUUCAGGCCUACCACUUAGAAAGUGGGCCUCAAAUGUUCCGGCAGUGGUUCAAGAGGUUCUAACGGAAUCCAGAGAUCUGAAUUUACAAGCAGAAAAGGACCCAAAGACUCUUGGACUACUGUGGGAACCAUGCACCGAUGAGUUGCGAGUCAGUGUAGAAUCUCAACCAGUCUUACGGACUACGAAAAGAACAAUUCUAUCCGAAGUAUCCAAAAUUUUUGAUCCGCUUGGGUUAGUGGCGCCUGUCAUCAUCCAGGCAAAACUAAUUAUACAGUCGCUAUGGCAAUUAAAACUCUCAUGGGAUGAAUCCGUACCACAAGCGAUUCAUUCCGAGUUCCAUGAUUUUUAUGCGGACCUCAGGUCAUUAACACGGCUCGCAAUUCCUCGGUGCGUAUUGUGCCCGAAUCCUGUGCAGGUAGAGAUGCAUGGGUUUUGCGAUGCCUCCGAACGGGCAUUUGGGGCGUGCAUCUACCUGCGCACGAUUUCAGAAACGGGCAAAGCAUUGACACAGCUCCUCUGCGCAAAGACACGCGUGGCACCGCUUAAAACAAUAAGCCUUCCUCGCUUGGAAUUAUGUGGGGCAUUAUUACUAGCGCAACUUGUGAAUAAGGUUCGAGUAGCGUCCCGCAGUCAAAAGGUCCAAGAAUUCUAUUGGACCGAUUCAAUGAUAGCACUAGCGUGGAUCAAGGGGUCCCCGAACCGAUGGAAAACCUUUGUAGCGAACAGGGUUUCUGAGAUUCAAACACUUUCGACGGGACCAUGGAACCACGUACUUUCUGGGGACAACCCAGCUGAUUUAUUGUCGCGGGGAGUCAAGCCUUCCGCUUUGGACAAGCUAUCUUUUUGGUGGAACGGUCCAUCAUGGCUCGCACAGCCAUCAACGGAAUGGCCAAUCACUGGGUAUAUCCCAGCAGAAGUUCCUGAAGAAAGGGCCAUUUCUUGUAUUGUAAUAAGGGAAAUCGCAUCCCAAGUACCGGGGUUCCUAUUAAAAUUCUCAAACUACACACGUUUGCUCCGUGUGAUUGCGUACUGCUUAAAAUUCUAUCACACAGUAAAACAUAGAGUGAGUCUUCGUAACAAUCGCACCACUCGCCCGUGGAGCACUCAAUUGACGGUGCAGGAUCUUGAUCUUGCAGAGGUAGUCAUCCUCCGAUUAGUACAAGGUAAUGCAUUUACGCAAGAACUGUCUGACUUGCGUAAAAACCAAACAGUGACAUCCAAUAGCCCGCUGCGGUCAUUAAACCCAUUUAUUGACGACAAGGGGCUCAUUAGGGUGGGCGGUAGGCUUGCCAAUGCGGAGCUAAAAUACUACCAACAACACCAAGUGAUUCUACCGAAGAAUCACAAUGUUACGCGAAUGAUUAUUCGUCGUGCACAUGAACGCGUUUUACAUGCCGGUUGCGAAACGGUAUUAUCAAUGGUUCGAACGCGGUAUUGGCCAUUGACGGGACGCAAUCUGACCAAGGGGAUAAUCCGAACCUGCGUUAAAUGUAAUAGAGCUGCGCCAAAGGGUACCAGCUACCUGAUGGGGCAGUUGCCUGCACCGAGAAUACGAAUAAGACCGCCGUUCUUUUCUACCGGUGUCGAUUACGCGGGUCCGUUCUACCUGAAAGAAAGGGUCCGUAGCAAGACGACGACUAAAGCCUACCUUUGCGUGUUUAUUUGCUUAGCCACAAAGGCCGUCCAUUUAGAAGUAGCUUCAGAUUUAUCGACGGAUGCCUUUUUAAAUGCGUUGAAACGGUUUGUUGCGCGAAGAGGCCGGUGUCGCGAAAUAUAUUCAGACAACGGCACCAAUUUUGUAGGAGCACGCAAUGAAAUGCAGAGAAUCAAAGAGUUCUUUGCAGACCAAAAACGAAGGGAUACCCUCUCUGAAUUUACGGUCACUGAGGGUAUGCAGUGGCAUUUUAUCCCACCAUACUCUCCACAUUUCGGGGGAUUGUGGGAGAGCUGCGUGAAGUCCGCGAAACGGCUUUUGACUCGAGUCGUUGGGGAAACUCGGCUAACAUUUGAAGAACUGGCCACUGUUCUGGCGCAGAUAGAGGCGUGUUUGAAUUCUCGGCCACUAUGUCCUGUAUCAACCGAUCCCACAGAUCUGAAUCCCCUCACUCCUGGUCACUUCCUCACCGGCAGCCCACUCAUGGACCUUCCAUAUCCUGACGUCACUGACGUCAAACCUACUCGUUUAAGUCGGUUUCAGCUACUCCAAGCAAUGUCGCAGCACUUUUGGAAACGGUGGCAGUUGGAAUACCUCCAUCAGCUGCAACAGCGACAUAAAUGGAAAAUCGCUGUACCAGAAGGAUUCGGAGUGGGCACGAUGGUCGUCAUCAAAGACGCUAGUCUCCCUCCUCUAAGAUGGAAACUAGGAAGAAUCACGGCUCUACACCCAGGCACUGACCAGAUCACCAGAGUCGUUUCCAUCCGGACAGCCGAUGGAGUCAUAAAGCGACCUGUGGCAAAAAUUUGCAUUUUGCCUACGGAGGAUGAAAGUUCAUCCCCAAAGGAUCAGCCUGGAUCGAGUGUUAAUCGUGACACAAAAAACAAUGAAUCCGCGGCAGCCGAGCCUGCAUGUGUAUAA